AUAUUUUUCCUGAAAGCCUAUUUGGAAGACGGAUUUUUUGAGACGAAAAUAUUUUGAGAUUUUAUGGUUAUUGUUGAAUUAUUUCUAUUUGAUUUUUUUUUCAUAGGAAAUUUUGUUUUUCGUGUAAUUUUGAGAAAACAAAUUUUAGAGUGUAUUCAAUUCCCUUAAACUAUUUUACUAUGAUAGUAUGGUUUGGGAAAAAUUUAAAAUAUGUAAAUUGAAGCGAUUUAAUACAAAAUAUACAAUGACUUCUGAAAGGUGACUAAAACAUCAAUUUUUCAAUGAUUUUUAAUAAACGGUGAUAAGCUUCAAAAGACACCAAAAACCAUUUUGAGAUAUACAGAAUAGUUCUAAAUAUUAGCCAAAAAUAUAAAAAAUUUGAUUGUCCACGAUACAAAAAUUACAAAAAAUGCUCAAACUAUACCCCGUCUAAAGGCGGGGUUGGGUAUUAGAGGGUUAAACUCAAUUUUGAGUUCUUUUUCAUCUCCCUUUUCAUGCGCUCUUUCUAUUGUUGUCAGAGAGUGAAGAGAGAAACACCCCAACUUUUGCAGUUCCGUGCGUCAAGCCAACACUGAGUUUCUAGCACAGUACUCAAAUUUGAGUGAAUACAACCUAGUCAAAAUUUCGGUUGGGAAAAAAAAAACUUAAAAUUAGGUAUUUUUUCACAUAGUGGUUUCGCAGCGCGGUGUCACAAACACUAAUGCAAAUCUACUGGUUGAAAAUAUGCCCAUUUGAUUUUGCCGGGAACAGCUGAUCUUUGUUUACUAUUUUCAACCAGUAACUCAGGUAGUGUUCGUGUAAUGCAGCGUGUACGUACACGCAACACCACUAAAAGCAGAAACCACUAUGGAAGCAAGCGGGAACAACCCAACAAAAACAUCGAUUCCAUCAACUCAAAAUUGGCUUGACGCACGCAACCCCGAAGUUGAGUGGAAAAAACUCACUUUUGGGUAGUUUCGUCUCUCCGUGUACGAAACGAACUUGCACGGAACUACAAAUCAACCCAAAUUUAAGUUGUUUUGACGCAAUCCCGGUCUUCCGUGGAAUAACUCAAAUUUGCGUCAAACAGCGAAAGUGGUGAGUGAGUAGUUCUCGUUUGAGAGCGGCAAAAAAAUUAACCCACUGGUAAGUUAUUUUCACCAAACGGAGGCCUCAAAUGACGCAAAUUUGGGUUAACUCAAGAAAACCCAAAUUUGGCUUCUUCCACGGAAGAGCAGCGGAUGCGUCGGUGCUUCUCUCUUUGUUUUUGACAACAUUGCGGUGGGGCGAGGGAGAAAACAACCCAACUUUGAGUUAAAACUAAAAGCAGUUUAGCCAAAUUUGAGUUUUUAAAACUUAUUAUUUGGGUUUUAAUAUUUUUCCGUGUGAUAUAAAUACGCUAUAGGAUUAUCACGUUCCGUUCCGUAUAUUUGGGUUGUUUAGUGAAUAAAAUAUUGCUAUUUUCUGUAGCCUAAUCGAAUAAAAUAUUGCUAUUUUCUGUAGCCUAAUCGAAAGAUUUAAUUUUUAUGAGUAUAACGUGAUUUUAUUGGAUUCCAAUACUUUUGUUUUGAUGGUCAAAUUAACAAAACAAUUUUAAUUUUCGUGGAUAGAAUGACAGUUCAAUCGAUGAAAUGACAGUUCAACCCGAACAAAAAAUUUUCCCCAUACAAACUUUAAACGCAUUUCAAAAAUAGUUCCCGGACUCCAAAAAAUAUGAAAUUUUGGAUUUCGACUAAUUUUUAGGCGGAGAAUCUGAUUAUGAAAUAAUCUGGACACCCUUAAAGAACCCAAUUCAAAGCCCAAUAAAUAUUAAUCUUGUACGAAUCUAUGAGUUUUAUUUGCGAAUGAAGAAUUUUAUAUCAAAAACAGAUGAAUGAUAGCAAUAAAUAUAUUUUUCAUUUGAUUUUAUCUUAUAAUAAUUAUUGAAAUACGAACUAUAACUUUUAUAAACCUCACACAUACAUUUUAUUAAUCCUGAACAAUAAGUUUGAUUUGAGUUUGACCAUAGAUUUCAUUUGUGUCGUAUCGAAUAAUACAAAUGGUCCCACACAUAACUUUUAAGUCUAAUUGCAAAAAAUUAUGUAGUUUCACAUAUAAAAGGUAUACGGAAAUUAUCCUCAGUGUAGGAUGACGGUCGAUUUGUAUGGUAUAUCAAGUAAUAUAGAACUUGAUAUAGCCUCUAUAUCAAGAAUCGCUCUAUAUUACUUGAUAUAGAGCGCAGUGUGAACGUAGCAUAAAUUUGUAGCAUGUUGAACAUCCUAGAUAUUGCGGAGAAACUUUGAUUAUGACGCCCGCAAUUAUAAUGUAAUUAAAUAUUAAAAACAACACAAAAUCUUACCUUAAUUAACCGGUCCAGCCGUUGAAUGUUCCAUCACAGGUAGUACGCUAUUAAUUAUCUUUUUCGUUUUAAGAAAACGCUUUUUAAUGAGUCUGCCGAAGCGGAAGAAGGUUCAUCAGCCGUGGAGAUGUUGACUGCAAAUUCCAAAAAGUUCAAGGACUUUUUGGGAUAUUUGAACAGCCGGUCUGAUGGGAAAGCCAUUAUGAAGUAUUACGAAGACAAUGCAACGCUGACCAACACUUUGCGUAACGAGUUGGCGAAGAUGAUUGUAAUGGACGCAGCGGUGGAGGGACUGGAGAUCAAUGGAAAAUUUUACGAUCUGAUGAGUAAAAAAAUUGCUGCAACUUUCGUAACCGAGAGCCCGGUUAGUUAAAAUCUCUUCACAGGCAAAUAGAUGCAACACUUUACAAGUAUUUAAUUGUAUACGUGGGCUGAAGCCCACAUUUAAUUUAUACCAUUUGAAAUGGAGCAAACUUUUUACCUAAUAUUUAGGGAACGUUCAAAAAUUACGUCCAACAUUUGGGGGAGGGGGGGUCUAGAAAAGUGUGUCAGUACGUGUAUUAGGUAUAGGAAAAUAGCGUGACAGAGGGGGAGGGGGGGUCUAGAAAUCCCAAAAAAUAAUGGACGUAAUAUUUGAAUCUUCCCUUAUCGCAUGCCAUCUUUGUUGGAAUUUCUUUUUCCAUACAUGACACAAUUAUAUAGUUAGUAUGUUGUUGCGUCUUUUUGUCUGUGAUUGAAUACUCCGCAUAAUCUCAUAUUCGACUCACUUAUGGUUUUUCGCUUGCUGUAUGAAUUUUAGGAAAUUUACUACAAACCUGGCUACACGACACCUGAGGGCGGCAGGAUCGGACCUAGCGGAAAGUUGGUUAAAAGGAAGGGAACUGUGCUCCAAUCAUUGGGCUUGAAAAAACCGAUACUGUGCCUACAUCAACGGUCAUCCAUGGCGAAGAGCAAUUGAGUGCCCGAGACUGGCUAGUAUAUGGACGAUCGCCAAUAGAAAUGGUACGAACAAACUGGGAAGCGUGUUUCGAGCUACGUCAGGAGGAUAUCAAGAAAGCGAAAGACCUGUCAGAAUUAUUCCAGCUUUAUCCGAUCUUGGCGGACCCAAAAGCGGGAUUUCUUGUAAUUUUUCUGGUUUAUAUUGGAUGAGCAUUGUAUUUAUAUUUUCACUUUAUUUAUAGAUCGAGCUGGACUUCGAAAGGCUGUACCCAGGAGCAACGAGUUCCUUCUACAGUCGAUUCCCAUUAUUGCACAAUAAGCUGGAUAAGUUAAUCUCUUCUGCGGUGACAAAGGACAAAGCAUUCCAACCACUUUACGAUGCAUACAGUCACACAUCGGAUGGAAACAAAAAGGACUAUCUACUUUGCUUGUUGCUGCCAUUAAUUGUCCAGACAAAUUACCGGAUUAAGGGUAGUUGGAAGCCGUCCGUGAGAGAAACACAGGAGAGUUUCAUUCUGGAAGUAGAGGUAAGUUACAAAAUUACAAUAAUUCGACAAAUUUUGAAGAAUGAGCAACAAAAAAGUGAAUCGCUAUAAAACAUAAAAUAGAAGCGGUUUUUUACUAAACAAUAAUUAAGGAUGACUGCGUGGACAUACAAAAGUUCACAGUAUUAGGGUACAGUAGACGUUCGGUCGGUGCAAACGGUUUAACUGCAAUGCUUUUUAACUGCAAGUCCGGUAAGUGCAACAAAUUUGCAGUUAUCGCACCGCCAAACGUCAAAAUCGUGCGCCAUGUUAGCCCUAAUGAACAGUCGAAUGAAUUUUUCGUUCAUUUUACGUCAAUUGACGGCUUGUUGACACUGUCAGGCGUUGCAGUUAUCGGAUUUUCGUUCGCUAAGUGAAACGUAAACAUGUUGCAGUUAUCGAACGUCUACUGUAUUUUAACCAAUAGUGGACCCCUUUCCUGUUGUUUUCCUUAUUUUUCUAGCUCAAACGCAUUCUCACCGGUGAACUUCAACCGGGAGACAUUCCUAGACACCACUUCCAUGUGGAAGCACUACGCUGGAAAGCAAUAAAUCAAAUAUUUUAACAAAUAUGCAAAUGUGAACACCCUGUCACCCAAUUAGGGUUACCUUAGCAUCAAAUCAUAGCUACAAUAUGGUCUGACAAUAACUUACCGUCAAACGGGCUGACUUGCAACACUCGCUAUCUUUUUAUUAUUUUUAUCAAAAACCCAUAAAAAUCGGUAUUUUUCGCACCCGUGAAUCACUUGGUAUAUGAUCUUAGCAGUCAUCACUAUUUAUGCUUGUAUUCAAAUGAUUUCGUUGAAAAAUCAAAAAAUCAAAUCGAUCCGGUCUAGGGUGUUUUCGGGUGGGAAACAUUUUCGACUUCCUGGGCAUACUGUAUCAUUGUGCUUGCUCACAAUAUAUAGUUUCAUGCGAUGGUAGGCAAAGAAAGUUCUUCAAUUAAUAACUGUGAAAGUGCUCAAAAAGAACACUAAGUUGAAGUGGCAGUCAAAGUUCCAGUGGGAACGUUUGAGCCAGAAAGAAGAAGAUGUCGUUUCCUUAUCCAAUAUGCUGUAUAAAUUUGCAUUUGAAUUUAGGCCGAUGCAAAUAUUUAAUUUGUUUUAUGUAACCCCCCCUUUCCUUGACUUCCUUGGGCAUAGAGUAUCUUCGUGCCUGCCACACGAUAUACGCAUGCAAAAUGGUCAUUGGCAGAGGAAGCUCUCAGUUAAUAACUGUGGAAGUGCUCCUGAAGGGUUAAACGUAGAUUCCAUCAGAAUAGUAACUAGAAUACUUACAGAAUACGCCUGAUAUUAAAAACUAAUAAUAGCUUGUUGGAAACUGUAUUUACAUUGAGUGUUGCAAGUCACCCCGCACUACGACUUUCAUUAAAAAUGACGUUAUUUGGCUUUUUCAACAAAGUUGAAGGAAUGAAUUUCUAGAUUUUGUAUUAAUUCAGGUUUUUUAGAACAUCGACCGUCUUGGGAACAGACCAACACAAUUGUGCUGGUCCCAAUCUGACCCCAUAAUUUCAUAGGUGGGUAGAAUAGAAGAAAUAAACAUAAUUUUGUUCUGGAAGAUCUUAUGUUCAAGAUAUUCGGCUUUAUGUGGUCCGUCCUGAAAGGAAUAUUAAAACUUGCGAUCAUUAUACGACAUUUUUUUGACGUUUGUACGAAAUUUGAGCGCAAAUGAUUACGCGUAUGCUUUGCGCCUUACGAUUGAUAUUUGUAUGGUAUUUUUUAAUAGAUAACGUACUUUUUGCGUUCUUUGGGAAGUGCUCAUUUUUUCCUGAUAAUCUAGUGAUUGAUCAUUUUAACGUGGUGGCUCCUUAAUUAUUAUUGAAGAUUAUUGUAUCCAUUGGCGUAUGUGGUAAGCUACAUAUAUCAUAAGUGAUUUGACAUCAGAAAAGUUAUCUGGUUAUAUAUCAGGGUAAGUAUGUUAUAUAAUAUUUAUUCGAAUAUUUUUUACACUUAUCUUUUGACGUGCAUUUAAGUAACACGUAAGUUAAUCUUAGAAAAUUUACAUUUGUUUUUUUUUAAAUAAAGAAUGUGUAUGUUCUUAUAUAUUUCCGGUUUUUUUGUUGUGUUUAUUACCAUGAAUUUUAACUGCACUAACUUUUCACUCAUUGCCUGGAAAGUUUUAAUUUCGCAUCCUACCAUUUAAUUGAAUCCCAACUAAAUAUCUUCGGUCUGCUCUAAUCUGUAUUUUAAUUUGUUGUAGUUUUCAAUGAGUAGUACUGGGCUCGUAUGUUUCCUGUGCCGUCGAAGAUACCCGGGGGCGAAUGUGUUGAUGAAACAUUUGUCAAGUAUAAGAUCUCACCAUCUGAAUCAGCACAGCCAUUUUAAAUGCGCCCAAGAAAACUGUGGAAGAGAAUAUACAAACAGCAGAUCUUUUGUACGGCAUCUUAAAAAGGAACACCCUCAAAAUGUACCAGAGCACUGGAGUUCUCAGAGAUUGCAUGCAGAACCAGUAGAUAUUAGUCUUGACGAUACUACUGACCACCGCAAUGUAUCAAAUUCGAUGCAGCCCGAAGCAGAACAGAAUUUUGAAGGUGCUACAAGAGACGAAGAUGUUCAACACGAUGGUUUUUGGCAUGAUAUAAGAAGGCAGCUUGAUGAUGAUCUACUAACAACAAUUCAAAAAACUGGAACAGCAUUUGCCAUAUUUCUGCACAGCUUGCCCAACUAUAAUCGAGCAAUGGUGUUCGAAGUUAUCGCUUCCUUCAAAAAUAUGGUUUUGGAACCUUUGAUGUCCGUCGCUUGUGAAGUCAUCAAACCAGUCGUUUCAGAAGCAGAACAAGUUCCAUUAUUGAACGAAUUAAUGAAAAUAACACAGGCGUUUGAUGCAGUUAACACAGAUCACAAAUUGGUUAAGUUAUUGAAGGAAGAAUGUCAUUUCCACAUGCCUGUACUCGACGAAGUUAACAGUGAGCUGAUCCCUGUGGAAAUUGGUAACGAUAGCGUAGAAUUGUUAGAAAAAUCAAAAUGCAAUGUGUACAUCGGAUUAGAGAAUUUUUUUACCAGUUUUUUCAAGAUCGAAGCUAAUAUUGAGGCAUUGCUGGAAAACUAUCAGAAAAUGACUACUUCUAAUGGAAACCUUAACGAUAACUUCGUGAAAGGAAAAUUCUGGAGGCAAAAAACUGAAAAAAGACCUGGUCAAAUUUGCAUCCCUUACUUCAUUUUUGCUGAUUCUUUUGAAAUCAACAACCCGCUGGGUUCGAAAGCUGGCAAGCAAGCUCUGACUGGGUUCUACUUGAAUUUUCCGAGUUUGCCACGUCACAUCCAUGGCAAGAUUGAAAACAUGUUCCUGGUUCAGUUCGUAUAUUCUGCCAUUGAGAAAACUUUCUCCAACGACGCGAUCCUAAACACUUUGAUCCAGGAAAUAUCUCGUCUAGAAAAAACACCUGUGAAAAUUCAGGUAAAAGGAGAAGAUAAGGAUAUAUUCUUCUUAUUUGGCGGAUUGAGAGGAGACAACUUGGGCUUAAACAGCCUGUUGGACUACAGCAGGUCAUUUGUUGCCAACCAUCCAUGCAGGAUUUGCUCGAUGGAUCUGGAACAUAUAAGGGAAAGCGCUGUGGACGAACCUAAUCUGUACCGGACCGAAGAAACAUAUAAUCAAGCUUUAGAGAUCAAUCGCUUUUCGGAAACAGGAAUUAAGAAAAAUUCAGUUUUUAACAGUAUUCCGGACUUUCAUAUCACCGACCUCAAGAUUGUGGAUUGCAUGCAUGACUUUUUCGAAGGAUUCGCUCAUGAUGCUCUCGCUUGCUGCAUUCUUCACUUUAUUGCAAAAGGAUUUUUCUCGCUGUUCACAUUGAAUCAGCGUGUCCAGCGAUAUGAUUACGACAUCAACGAGCGGAAAAGUAUUCCGCCAGAAAUAAGGCAGGAGAACUUGGACAGCCUAAAACUAAAAAUGACCGCAGGACAGAUGAAGUGCUUCGUCGACAAUAUCACCCUGAUGAUUGGCGACCUAGUACCGGCCGGAGAUGAGUGGACAUUCCUCAUAAAUGUCACUAAGGUUGGGUCAUGCGUAAUGAAACCUUCUUUCACGUCUGAGGAAAUUGAAGAGUUUAAACAACUCAUUCAACAGACGUUGACCCAGUACAAGGUUCUCUUCAAUAAGCAUCUUAAACCGAAAGCACAUUUUCUGACGCAUUACCCGCUCGCAAUCGAGUGGAUGGGUCCAACUCGAUUUACAUCAACAUUCAUACCCGAAAUGAAACAUAAAUACUUUAAAAAAAUAGCCACCGUCACAUCAUCCCGGAAAAAUAUUGCCUUGACAUUGGCGAUAAAGGACCAGUUUAAGAUGGCCCAUAAAUUUUUCAAGUGCAUCAGUAAUUUUGGACCACUGCAGUUGGAUGAAGGGACUGGAUUUUUCAUCAAGCUUGACUGUAUUCCUAUCCCGAGCGAGCUGAUUUCUGACAACAGCUGUUCAAUCGUGCGAGUACUAAACUACGUUAUGCUUGGGAAAACAAAGAUCACUUCUGGGACCAUGUUGAUCGUCUGGAGUCAGAACAGUGUUUUUAAAGAAGUACGCCAUAUAAUCAAAAACAACAAUGAGAUAACAUUCGUCUGCCAUACAUAUAGUGCCGUACAGUUCGUCGAACAUUUAGAUGCAUAUGUAGUUGAUCCGCAAAAUUUUGUGAUCGAUAAAUGCAGUAUUGAAGACAUCACACAUUCUCCGUCCCAUUUACAUCACUUGCCAGAUGGCCGGAAAGCAAUCCGCCUUCGAAAUUGAUUCCUUAUAAUGUACAAUUGCGGUGUAAGUAUUUCGCUGCUUAAUGUAAAAGAUUUUUUCCCUUUAAUUCCCACUAUUUGCAUCUUUUGAGACACUUUUGACCUUAGUUGAGGUUGAAGUACGUUGUCAAAAGAUGCAAAUAAAUAGUUGGAACUAAAAGAAAAGAACUUACUCGAUUUUCUUAUCUUUACAGGUAUUCCACAGCGCCCGAAUUAUUGUAUAAUUAAAUAAAUGGUUAAAACGGUUUUAUAUUUUGUUUCUUUUCGAGGGACAGAAAGGCGUCUAGGAAAUAAAUGUAAAAGGACAAUAAUGAAUUAUACCUGGAAAUAGUAGUUUACGUAACAAGGUGCAGAAUGACGAUUUUUACAGCACGAGUCGUACAUUUAUCCAACGAGGCUUGCCGAGGUGGAUAAUUACGACGAGUGCUGGAAAAAUCGAGUUCUGCGCCUAGUUGCGUACAACGUUUUUUGCAAUUUCAUAAAUUACCCUUGAGGAUAGUUUUAAACAAAACGUUUUCACAAACUGCACACUGAUGUUCAUAAAGAUGUUCAAGAAAAUCUGAUCAUAACAGGUUAUGCUGUGCAGUUGUCACAAUUUUUCAAAACUGCGUCCAGAAAGCAUCAAUAAGUUGACCAAAACUGAAACCAGUGCUCAAAUGGUUCAUUACGCAACACAAAUCAGUGCUGUAAUGAGCCAUUACCGCACUGUUAAUUUGGUGUGGGAAAGUAGGCCUUUUCCUGACAUAUUUGGGUGAGGUAAAACAGCCUAUUACGAUGAGAACUUACAAAAAAUUUCUUUCACUGCUUCCUGUGUUUUUGUAAUGAUUUUAUUACUACUAACAAUUUAUACAAUUCAGCCUUGCUUUAUUUUAUUAUAUAUUUUUUUAAUAGAAAUCUUUUCUUUUCUAUGCAGACGGCGGGCGACAUGGAACAUAAAAUCAGCACGCGUUUGGAUUUCCUUAAGGAAAAAUUCGAGAACCUUAAUUUGCAGCCGCAAAUUGUUUCGGUUGGGGCAUCGCGGGGAGAGGGGGCGGUGCUCGUUAUUUUCGGGGGAGCGGAGUACAAGGCAGACCACAUCCUCCAUGCCAUUUGCAUUUGCAUGCAAGUGGUAUAUGUUUUGAAUCUCCAGUAUGCACCAGACUGCAAGCCCCUCUGGAUGUUCUUGCAGGCUCAUCUGUUCAAAAUCCCAGCGGUAGAUCUACCCAAAAGCACCCGCGAUUUACUGCGGGCUAUUGAGUAGGCCUUUAAGCACAAUGAUGAAUAAAUAUUGGAUCUUUUAAAAAGAACACACAACUAGACCUUCAAUCAAACCGGAAUCAAAUGACAAACAUCAGAAUUAUGAAUGCGGCUUCUGUUUCGUCAUUCGGGGAAAUAUCUUUCGGGGUAAUAUGACACUCGGGGUAAUGGUUGUAGGCGUAAUUUAAUUCAGGGUAAUGUUAUAGGAUCAGGAUGUUAAUGUGUCAUUCGGGGUAAUGGUUUUCGGGGUAAUUGAAUUGAAGGAAAUCUAGCGUAACAUUUGAAAAGGGCCUAUCUGCUUUUUAUAAACAAACACGUUUCUUUCGCAGCUGGGCUUCACGCAUCUCAAUGCCAUUAACCUACCAUCAGUCGCUUUUUUUUUGGCUUUUUCAACUCCCCCCUCCUAUGUCGCACUUUUUGUAAGGGAUCUCUGAACUUUUUGUAAGGUUCGUUACAUUUUGCUGAACCCCCCUCCCCCCUAAAUGCAUGACGUAAUUUAUGGACGCCCCCUAUAUCUAUGGACCAUUUUACGAGACGGUUCAGAACAACUGAUCGCUCAUUUUAUGAAUGAAAAUUUGACAGUAUGGAGCCAGGUCAUUUUGACAGAUCUCACACGAGCAAGAAAAGGUCGGCAAACUGCAAGAAAAUUGUUCGUCUCUUUCUUGCAUGUGUGUGAUCUGCCAAAAUGACCUGGCUAAUGUCAAACAUUUCGAGGUUAGGUUUCGUGGUGGUAAUGAAGAAUAGACUUUGUUUUUUUUUGCAGCCAGACAAGACAAAAGAAAUCUCAAAAAGUGCAGCCAAACGAGCAAAGCUCGUAAGGAGCAAGCAGUGAGACAUGACAGAAAACGUGAUGCCGUGCGAAAGAGAGCCUGUAUUGUUUACGUUCGAAUCCACUUUCGAAAGUAUUUCGUGUGUAUUGCCGUUUACGUCAGCAUAAUCAAAUGAGCGAAAGAUUCGAACUAAUCAAAUUCGAUCGAAAGUGGAUACAUCCGUAAACAAGAAUGAGGAUGAAAUAUUAUAAUCAUGAGUACUUCUUGUGAUUCCAUGAAGGCGAAUCAUGACUACAGCAUGCAUGCUUCAUAGUAUCAUGACUCUAUGUACGGCAUUUUGCUAAUAAAACGGGCAUCAUUAUUGACAAAUACCAGAAUCAUAAAAAUUACUUCAAUAUUCAGGAACCUUGUUCAUGAUUUCAGAGUGCGUGCUUCACGAUAACAUGACCUUAAUUGCCACUUUGCACCAAUUAAUCCGAUAGUAUAAAUUACAAAUACUAGAAUCAUGCAUACUGCUUAUGUUUUUAUAACAUUGGGUAAUAAAUUUAGAACAUGCUUUAUGAUAACAUGACCAGUACUACCAUUUUUCGCAAAUCGAUCCAGUACCAUAAAUGACAAAUACUUGCACCAUGAGUAAUGCUCAAGCUUUCAUAAAUUUAGUUCAUAGUUUGAGUACGUACUUCAUGAUAAUAUGAACCGACUUACCAAAUUUCGCUAAUAAAACUGGAACCAUAAAUGACAACUACUAGUUCUAUGAAUACCGCUUCUGGUUUUAUGAAUCUAGUUAAUAGUUCUGGUAUUCAUGGGCAUGAUAUCAUGACUUAACUUACAAAUUUUUGUCAAUAAAUUUAAAAAACGUAACGCCAAGGUGACGUUACGGCAACAUGAGUCAUGAAAGUAUGACCUUUUUUUGUGGUGUAUAUUUAUAACAUGAAAACACACAUUUUAAGCGAGAUCAUGACUCAUUUAGCAGGUUUGAAGCAGCGGAUUUUUUCCCGUGUAGAAGUUGUAGAGGACGAAUUUCAGAGGUUUUACGUUGCUCAGGUCGCAUCAUUUACUUCCAGAUCGUGCUCCUUAGUAUAACUUCCACCAACAAAAACUACUUCCCGCAACAACGUGGUGACUCAAAGAUAUAAAACACCAGACGAAAUAAACCAAUGAAUUUAUCAAAAUAUGAAUUUUAGCCAUAUCUGCAAAGCAAAUUUUCUAAAAUUCAUUCUAAUCGUUAUAAAUAAAUUAUUUAUUUUAAUUAUUCUGCCAAUGACCAUUUUGCAUGUGUGUAUUAGUGUGGGUCAUCGGAACCGUUUUCUCAGAUCAAAGCUUUUUUGGUUCCGUUUCGGGUCCUGAGUAUCUGUGCAAAAUUUGAGUACGAUCGGUUGCGUCUACACUUUGCGCAUUGCAAUUGAAAUUUGUAUGGGAUUUUGUAUGGGUAAACAUACUUUUUUGCAUUUUUUCCACAAGUUGAAAAAGUUUGUCUGAAACUUUUUAACCGAUACUAAAAAAUGAUAGCCUAGGAUGUUCUGAAAAACAUUGUUGAAGACCUCAAAGCGAUCCGAUGCUUGUGAAAAUAGUUAUAACCAACGAACCGCAUGCAUGUGUUUAUGUUUUAACAUGUAAAGGAAUAACAAUAGCAACAAAAUCAUGCUGUUUCGCCAAGCAAUGCCAACGCUAUAACUUUUUUCAUAAGCAUCAGAUCACUUCGCGGUCUUCGACAAAGUUUUUCAGGACAUCCUAGGCUAUGUUUCCACUUUAUCGGUUGCAUGGUUUUAGAAAAAUUCGAGCUUGUUGUAAAAGAAAUGUAAAAAAGUGUGUUUUCCCAUGUAAAAUCCCAUACAAACUUCAAACGCGAUGCGCUAAACGUAGACAUAACCGAUCAUGCCCAAAUUUUGCACACUUAUUUGGGCCCUGAAAUGGAAUCAAAUAAGCUUUGAUCUGAUGGGAAACCAUUAAGUUUUCCAUUCUUCCAUAUAAACGAUGACCCACUCUAGUGUG